ACCAUCCUCUUUCACCCUUUUCCUAGCUGAUUGGAAAUAACCAAAGAGAAGGAGGACAGGAGAAUGGGGGAGACUGGAAUAUUUUUUAUUGUUCUUCUUGUGAUUCUUCUGCUUGUCUACUUUCUGAAACAGCAGUGGUCAUGCCGACAUUUCCCACCUGGGCCUCUUUCCCUUCCUGUCAUUGGAGGCAUAUGGAAAUUUAAGUUUGGAAUUGGAUAUACUGUAGAGACGGCAAUAAAGUUGGCAGAACAAUAUGGAGACAUUUUACUUUUGUGGGCGGGACAUAUACCAGUUGUAGUUUUGUCUGGCUUUGAAGCUGUGAAAGAAGGACUGAUUGAUCAUUCGGAAGACUUCUCUGAGAGGCCACUGACUCCAUAUAUUGCAGCUAUAUCAAGAGGAAAGGGUGUUGGACUUUCAAAUGGACAUACCUGGAAGCAGCAGAGGCGUUUUAGCCAAGUUACACUGCGGAAAAUGGGAGUAGGGAAAAAAAGCAUGGAGGGCCAAAUAGAAGAGGAAUCCCAACAGCUUGUAGAGGUUUUUGCACGUGAAAAAGGGCAGCCAUUUGAUCCUGCAUUGCCCAUCACAAAUUCAAUCUCCAACGUAAUAUGUGCCAUAUCUUUCGGAUACCGUUUCCCUCUUGAAGAUAAAACCUUCAAGGAACUGAUUGAUGCUGUGACAUUUACCUCAAAAUUUGGAGGAAGUUUUUUUUAUGUGCUAUAUGAAAUGUUCCCAUGGCUCAUGAAGCAUCUUCCAGCGCCUCACAACGAGGCAUUUCGUGCUACAAAGAUGCUGCUUUCAUUGGCAAAGGAAGAAAUACAGAAACAUAAAGAGCAAAUGUCCUUUCAGGAACCACGGGAUUUCAUUGAUUUCUACCUGCUUGAAAUAGAAAAAAGGAAGAAUGAUCCUACCUCUACAUAUGAUGAAGAGAACCUGGCUCAGGAUAUUCAUGACUUAUUUUUUGCUGGAACGGAAACGACUGCCACUUCUCUGAAAUGGGCAGUCCUCCUUUUGGCAAAUCAUCCAGAUAUUCAAGAUAAAGCUUAUAAGGAAAUAGAAGAUGUUUUGUGCUCCUCUUUCUUCUGCUAUCAAGAUCUAAAGAAGCUCCCUUAUACAAAUGCUGUGCUUCAUGAGAUUCAGCGUUUUAAAUAUCCCUUCUUAUUUGGGUUCCCAAGACAAACUGUCAAAGAUGUGAAGAUGAGAGGUUUUCUCAUCCCUAAGGGAACAGCUAUUAUACCAAACAUGCGCUCUGUUCUUCUGGAUCCUAAGCACUGGGAGUCCCCUAAAGAGUUCAAUCCAAACCAUUUUUUGGACCAGGAUGAACAUUUUGUUGCUAAAGAACAGUUUCUGCCAUUUGGUGCAGGGGCUCGGGCGUGUUUGGGGGAGCAGCUGGCAAGGAUGGAGUUCUUCAUCUUCGUUGUCAAUCUGCUGAGGGCCUUCCGUUUUCAGCUGCCUCCAGGAGUCAAAGAACUCAACGAAGAACCUGAAGCAGGACUGUCAACACCACCCCAUCCUUAUAAAGUGUGUGCUGUUCCUCGCUGUAGUUCAUCAUAAAAUAUACAAAAAUAAUAGCAAUGGCAUGUACUUCAUUGCUAUAAUAUAAAUGGGUUCCUGAACGAAAUGCAUACAACAAAAAUACCACUUGUAUAACAUAAACAAUAAUAUAAUUGAACAACAGUAUAUAAACAUGCUGCACUGUUAACCUCACAGCGACAACAAACAAUAUGGUGCAAAUUUUUAGUACAGUCGUAUCUUCUUAUAAGUAGCUUGUGGAUCAGCCAUCCACGACCGGUUUCGGCCUACCUCAGGCCUUCUUCUGGUGGACUGAAAUUAAUGUACAAAUCAAUGUUUUACUCCAGUAGCAUACAUAUAGAACAGUAUAGUGUGUUGUGGGUUGGUCUACUUCUCUGGGGAUCUGUUUUCAUAUCCUCACUUUGCCAUGGAAACUCCUAGGCAAUCUCGGGGAACCGUACACUCUCAGAGGAAGGUCAUGGCAAACCAUUAUGAACAAAUGUUACUGAGAAAAGCCUGUGAUUGGUUCACCUUAGGGUUCCCCUAGAUCUGAAAGACACACUAUAGCAUCCCAUAACUUUAGAGAAGUGGCAGAGCUCUCUGAAACAUCCCAUGUUUCUCAGAUGCAGUAGGAGCCAU